AAUUCCAAAUAUAUAAAUGUAUCAUUUUUUUUUCAGGAUAAACUAAAAAGAAAAAUGUAUCACAUAAAUUGUGGGAUAGAGGGAGUAUGUGUUAUUGAUCAUAUGAAUUUUUUUAGUCUUUUCCCCAUUUGAGAAUUUGAAGCUUCUGAUAUAUAUUUUGUCUACAACAAUUCGUGUUUUUUUAUGGUCUGCUUGCAAUUUAUAGUUCAUGCAUAUCUAUUUUCUCAUUUAAAGUUUUUAAUGGAAUAAAUGAGAGCAGCAACCUACUGAUUGAGUGAUAGUUUCCAUGUGGCAGGGUUGGGUUUUGGAUUAUUUUGCUAGUAAUAAGAAAUGGUGAUUCCUCCACCAGUUAGACCAGAAAGAGUGCUGAAGUAUCUCAAACCUUACGUGCUGAGGAUGCACUUCACAAACAAGUACGUAAAUGCUCAAGUAGUUCACACACCAACGGCAACAGUGGCUGCUUCCGCAAGCACACAAGAGAAAGGCUUAAGGCUUGCCAUGGUAGAAGCAAAAGAAAAUACUAGAGAUGUUGCUGCCGCUGCAAAAAUAGGCAAGUUGUUGGGAGAGCGGUUGCAGAUUAAAGGUAUUCCGGCCAUAUCUGUUUUCUAUAAGAGAGAGCAACGAUACCAUGGGAAGGUCAAAGCAGUUAUUGAUUCAGUGAGAGAAGCGGGGAUAGAAUUGGUUUGAUUGGAACAAGAUGACCACGUUCUUGUUUCAUGACCUGCCGGAUUUCCUCUUCUAGGCAAAGGAUUUAUGUAUUCGACUAGCUUUGUCCAAUUUUGCUAGCUAAGCUCUAUUUGGACAAGUUUAUCGUCGUCUUAGUUCUUGCAACUGGAACAAUGUGUUGUUUGCAAUGUAUAGGAUGUCACUUCUGACAUGCCCUGUGCCAACUCUAUGAUCACUUGGGUAUACAUCUUUUGUUUUGGUA